GCACUGCGCAGGCGUGCUCGCAGAAUGCGCAGGCGCCGCCUCGAAGUGACUUCUCCAAAAAGUGUCUUAGUUCCCGGUCACCUGAGCGCCCAGGACGCGUUCUACCGAACCUCUCGGAGCCUCUCCCGUUGCAGGUCGUUCCGGGAGACCCUGUCCUCCUCCUUCAGCCACUUGCGAACCUCCCCGGGGCUCCGUCUUUCUCCCCGUCCUUUCCGCGGAGCCGGGCCGGACCGAACCGGGCCGAGCUGGGCCGCCCGGGCGCGGCCGCUGACCAUGGCGUCCCUCUUCAAGAAGAAGACAGUGGACGACGUAAUAAAGGAACAGAACCGAGAGUUGCGGGGCACACAGAGGGCUAUAAUCCGGGACCGAGCAGCCUUGGAGAAGCAAGAAAAGCAGCUGGAACUAGAAAUUAAGAAGAUGGCCAAGAUUGGUAAUAAAGAAGCCUGCAGGGUGUUAGCUAAGCAGCUUGUCCAUCUACGGAAACAGAAGACAAGAACUUUUGCUGUGAGCUCCAAAGUAACAUCUAUGUCCACCCAAACAAAAGUGAUGAACUCCCAGAUGAAGAUGGCUGGUGCCAUGUCUACCACUGCAAAGACAAUGCAAGCAGUCAACAAAAAAAUGGAUCCACAGAAAACACUACAAACAAUGCAGAAUUUCCAGAAGGAAAACAUGAAAAUGGAAAUGACUGAAGAAAUGAUCAAUGACACCCUUGAUGACAUCUUUGAUGGCUCUGAUGAUGAAGAAGAAAGCCAGGACAUUGUGAAUCAAGUUCUUGACGAAAUUGGAAUUGAAAUCUCUGGAAAGAUGGCCAAAGCUCCAUCAGCUGCCCGAAGCUUACCGUCUGCCUCCACUUCAAAGGCUACAAUCUCCGAUGAAGAGAUUGAACGGCAACUCAAAGCUUUAGGGGUGGAUUAGAUCAAAAAGCCAUAUUAUUCUCACUUUGUUCUAAAGUGGGCCCAGUGUAGAUUCCUUUUACAAAACACAUUCAUUUUGCAAAAAUGAAGACCAUGAGUGAACAGUUGCUUCCUGACCCAUGGCUAUUUUGUAUCUUUUGCCAAAGAAUGCCAGUGAUGCAAAAAUGGGAACAGUUUGGGUUUUAACAAGAACCACCAAGGUCUGAUGAUGUGUGCAAGCUGAGUUCUUUUCUGCAUGGCAUAGAGAAAUGGUGUCAUUAUUUAGUAUCGGGUUGUGUUCUGAAUCUUUUUUACACAGAAAUCAAAAUUCUUGCUAAAUGCUAUUAGGCACCAACUUAAAGAGACUUGUAAAAAUAUUAAAGGUAUAUCGUUAAUUCUCUAUCUGUCGCUUGUCCUUUGUAGACAGUUAUGUUAGGACCACAGGCAGUGCAGCUGCCAAAUUGUUUUUAAACCAUCUAGAGGAAGAGUGCUAUUUAAACAUCUGUCUUAAAAACUGUCAUGAGCUUUUACUUUUCUUCCAUUUUUCCCCCUUUGGGAGAACAUUCUAGUUGGUAAGUUUAUUACCUUUCAAAAUGUGCUUGGCACCUGCCUUAAAUAGCACAAGCAUAUUGUGCACAUCUUUAAAUUAUUUUAGCUGGCAAAAAAGAAUUACAUUUUAAAAUAAAAUAGAGACUUAGAACAGUUACCCAAGCUGUCUUGUAAAGCUUGUAAAAAGCAAAUUGGAUAUAAUUAGCGAAAUGAAGAAAGAAGACACUGAAUUAAUAACAUUUUAUAGUAAUGAAGCUACACUUUGGUCUUUCUUCCAAGAACUGAGAUUUUCUCCAUAUGAAUUAUAACUACGUCUGUGUUGAGUUUUGAAUUGUAUUAAUAGACAAGUUAGGCCCUCUAAAUUAAAGCCAUUCUUCUAAGUGAAGUACCACUACUAUGACAAUACCUGACCUAGAUUUCUAAAGUGAAAGCAUUUGUUGUUGUUGUUGUUAUGUUUUUGGUAAAUAAACUGCAACUUUAUCAGAAAUUACUGCCAAAAGUGCACCAUUGUUUUAGCAGUACUUUUAAAUGUAAGAUAGCUAUGUCAUAGAGCAAGAGAAAGGAACAGAUGCCACAGAGUUAGAAGUAGACUUUAGAGUUAGGUUAAUUUUGAAGAAUGGCGUUGUAAAAUAUGGAUUGUAACACAUCCCAACACGAAAGUGUAGAAAUUACGAUGAGUGUAACCUGGCUAAUCCCGAGGGAUAGACCUUUGGACUGCGGUUAGCAGAGACGGACACAUACUCCCGACUUCCUGAGUGGAUCAGGUAGGUGCAGCGAGCAGAAGCUGCACCAUCUGCUUUCGAAUCCAUGACCGUUUUGCAUUCAGAGAGUAGACU